AAGGUUGCAUUUAAUGUAAGCUAAAAUUCAAUUAAUGCGAAGCUAGCACAUGUGCAGUUGCUGCUGGAGUUUUAGAUGCUAAUUGUUGUGUGUGCAAAAUGAAGAAAAGGAAGGUUCCAUUCAAGGAAAGCUCAAAAAAGAAAAGGCUCAUUUUGAAGAAUUACAGCAGAAUAAGCAGUUUCAGGACUUCUAUCUACUGCUUGGCAUCAACCUUUUCAUGAAAACAAGAGGAAGUUACCACAGGUGCUUAAAAACAACAAGCAAACCACUGUUGUAUUUAAAUACCACCCAGCCAAAUAUAGAGCAAAUGUUCUUUGGCUAGCCCUUGCAACUGUAGGCUGAAAAAUCUUUGCUGGGUCUCUGAUAGAAAAUGAAGAUUGCUCAGUUGGUAACUGACUCAGCCAUGACCAAAAAUUGGAGCACAGACUUGGACUCAUCCUCUGAAGACUAUUAUGGUUCAGGAUUUAUCAGUCAUGACAUCUGCCUUAUGGAAAAGCUGCCAUUUGCCUCUAUCUUUAUCUCUGUCAUCUACUUCAUGAUCUUCUUCAUUGGCUUCUUCGGGAACCUGUUUGUGGUCCUGGUGAUGGUGCAAAAACAAGGCAACCAGAGGCUUGUGGACAACUUCAUCCUCAACCUGGCCAUUGCUGACCUUGUCUUUGUAUGUACUUUGCCUUUUUGGGCUUUGUCAGAAGCAUUUGAUUCCUGGUGGUUUGGGGAAACGCUGUGCAAAUUUAGCAGCUAUGCCAUUUCUGUGAACCGUUGCUCAAGCAUCUUGUUCCUGAUGGGCAUGAGUGUGGAACGCUUCCUUGUGAUGAAUAAACACUGGGAUUCCAGGUUCCUUGGGACCAAGAGAAAUACCAGCAUGAUCUGCAGUUGCAUCUGGGUGUUUUCCCUUCUGUUAGGAAUACCAUCUUUGGUCUACAGAAAGUUGAUCCUUGUGGGAGACAAGUUUUCAUGCCAGGAUGAGAUUUCUGCCAUCUAUACUUUCACUGUACUUUUUUUGACUUUCCUGCUACCCUUGGGAGUAAUCUUGUUCUGCUACUGCUCUAUCUUCUGCAUGCUCCAGGGUCAUGUCAGCUUAGGCAAGAGAAGAAACCAUGUCCUUAAAAUCAUCUUUGUCAUCAUUGGGGCAUUCAUCUCCUGUUGGUUGCCCUUCAAUACCUUUAUCAUCACCUACAGUAUGGUAAAGGACAUCAACCUUUCUUGUGAGGCAUUGAAAGCUCUUAGAAGGGGACUUACUAUCAGUGCUUGCCUGGCUUUCACAAACAGCUGCAUCAAUCCCAUCAUCUAUGUCUUUAUGGAUCAGCAAUUCCGGCAGAAGGUACUGAAGAAGUUCCUAGGUCUUUGUCGCCCAAGGGAAACUGUGCAAAACCCAGCCCUGUCCUUUUCAUCUACAGAGUCAAGUCUUCUGUUUGCCAGCAGAAAGAAGUUCAUACCAAACAAAACUGUUCCAGUUAGCAGUGGGGCAGGUUUAUGUGCCUCUAAAAGAGAGAUAGCUGCUAUUGUUGAGAACAUACAGCAGAAUUGUUGAGCCAUUGAGUUAUGGAAGAGAGAGAAAGGAGGUCGCUUAGAGGCUUAGGUUUUUUACCUAAGGAAAAUGGGUGUUUUUAAAAUUUCUGAUGAGUGUUUUUUUUUUUAACUUUCUGAUUUCUACUAUAAUAUCAAAGGAAUGUUUUUAGGAUGCAUUACCUGUAACCAGUACAUUUAUAAAACAAAUUCUGUUUAUAUAAAUUGUCCAUUGAUCUGUGGGAUAAAAAUGCAGAUUUUACACUUGCACAGAUCUAUAAGAACUUCUACUGCUAAGAGAUAUUUCAUAUAUGAAUAGGAGUGACUUAUAAUAGUAAUUAUAUACAUUGCUUAAAAGUAGAUGACUUGGUUGUAUAGCUAGUUAUAAGCCUACCUGCCUGCCUUAGCUUUUCAUUUAGACUUUUUGUAGCUUUUGCUAUUUGAUUAUUAAUUACUUAUUCAAAAUGUGUUUACAUAAAAAGAAAUGAUAGGUGAGCAUGUAUUAUGAUAGCAAGUAUUCUUUAAGACAAGAAGCCAAGCAAACAAAGCUACCACACCCAUAAUAAAACCAAACCUUGUACAUUCAGUCAAGCAUAAAUAUAUAACUAAAACUGAUAUCUUCCUGUUUGAAGCUGUUGAAAAUGUAUAUUUCAGAAAAAAUUGGUUCCUACAUCUAAAUUACUGUAUGUUUUCUUGAUUUUGAU